GUUUGCAAAAUGGCGGCAGCGAUGGAUGUGGAUACCCCGAGCAGCACGAACAGCGGCGCGGGCAAGAAGGGCUUUGAAGUGAAAAAGUGGAAUGCGGUAGCUCUCUGGGCCUGGGAUAUUGUGGUUGAUAACUGUGCCAUCUGCCGGAACCACAUUAUGGAUCUUUGCAUAGAGUGUCAAGCCAACCAGGCGUCUGCUACUUCUGAAGAGUGCACCGUUGCGUGGGGAGUCUGUAACCAUGCUUUUCACUUCCACUGCAUCUCCCGCUGGCUCAAAACACGGCAGGUGUGUCCGUUGGACAACAGAGAGUGGGAAUUUCAAAAAUAUGGGCACUAGAAAAAGAGAAUUCUUCCAUCAAGCUCAACUGUUUCAUUAGCCAUUUAAUGACUUGCCUUCCUGUUACUUAAUUAUAAAUUAGAUAGAACCGUGUUUUUUCUGCUUUGUCUUUUCAGUUUGCUAUUCCUGCACCCAUAUUGUAUUCUGUGUCAAAUAAAAUCCAGUUGGAUUCUAGAACAGAUGCCGCCUCUUGUGUAUGUGAAAAAAGUGAACAUAAAGGGACCCGUCUUUCUAGGUUGGAAAGCCAGCCUUUGAAAGUGAGAUGUUUGUUCGUUAGAGCCAGAGCAGAGUUGUCCUGCAAGCACGUCUCUUGGUCAUGAGGAAGCCUGGUCCACAGCCCGGCUACUGAUGGCAGUCUUGGGCACGUCGCCGCUCUGCUCUUCUUCUGUAAAGUGGCUGCUGAGGACUAAAUGGCGUCAUGUGGGCACAGAAAGAGGCUUUGUGAACUGUUAAGAACACUGUACAAAUGUUAACUUUGUGUAUGACAUGUUGCUUUCUCUUCUUAGUUUAGAAAAGUAAACUUGAAGAAAUCUAAUAAGUAAUCUUGGCUGCCAAAAGAGUAAUCUAUGAACUCAAGUUGGAAAUCGAUGUUAUUUAAAAUUGAGUUAACA